AAACCACUGAAAAGUAUCUCGAGAGGUCUCUUUGUUUCUGCGUUCAUGAGAAUUAAGUAGGUAAAGAGGACCUCCCUUGUUUGUGUGUACAUUCCAUAGAGAAUGAACAAGUAAGUCCACACUCAGUAACGCAGCAUCGCGCCUUCGAAAAACGUGUUCCCGUGGGAGUGAGAAAGAAAUCAUUCGCCAUUAUGAGAGAGAAAACUUCAAAACGAUAUACUUGAAACACUGUUUCAAAAACUUUUGUAAAGCAAAGAUGAGAAUCUGCCAAACAUUUUUUUUGUACGAUUCACAGAUCUUUAACGGACCACACUCCAUUUAACUAUUUGUAUUUUUUGUUUAAUGUUGUUGCACCUGCCCCUCAAAUUCCCUCUUCUUUCCCAGAAAGUGCUACGGCUCCUAGAUUUUUUACGCUGCAAAAUGGCCUCAACUAAUUUUUCUUACCGCCUACAAUAGAGUUUCUUGUCUUUACUUACACUUAUUGACAGGAAUUCGGCUCUCAUCCAUGGUAGAAAAAACAAAAAUUCUUGAUGUUACAGUCUUUGGAUUUCUAUGUUUUCAAGAAGCUAUCUGAAAUAUAUUAAAGCACGGUGUAACAAGAACUCAACGAAGAUUUUGGCUAAAUAGAAACAGUGUGUUGCAAAGCUACCUCGUGGUGAAAGAGGUACUGAAUGGUGAUGGCCUCUUUUAGGUGGUGGGACUCUAGGUCCUUACCAUGAUCAAUAUGGCACCGAAAAACGGAACUACAGGCGUGGAGCUUACCCGCGCUGCCGCAUCUCAGCCGUUGAUGCGCGGAGCAAGGCACUGGCGGGACAGUAGGCUGCAGAGAGUUGCUGUCGCCUUGUCCUCGUGCUGGCUUGCACUUUCCUCGACUCCACGGGAACAUCCAGUUUCCGGCAAUGGCGCGCACAAGGACAGACCAAACCGAGAAUCCGAGAGUCGGGACGCUGCAAAACUUACAACCGAACCCACACCUUUGGACGCAGUAUCGCAGCAAAGGUUUCCGGCGGGUGGCAUAGACGCUGACUGGCACCCUCCGGAAGUAGAAAACCACGAAGAAUCAGGCUUGCAGACGGUCACAUUAAGGCGAAAACUUCAAGGCUCAAAUUCCGAACAGGCGGCGCGAGUUUGGGUUAUUAGGAAUGCGGUUACGAUGCCCGAAGGUAAUUGUUAAGUCUGCUUUCCCUGCGAGAUUGCAGCGCUAAAUGGUCGCCAUUCAAUAACUUAGAAUUAGUAAGCCCUGAUAUUUUGAGCAUCUUGACAGCGCUCACGGAUUUCAUGAUUAUGUCAUCGCACAUCAUGAUUUGUACUGUGAACGAGUCAGCAUCCUUCCUACACAGGAUGGCGGAUCGCAGAGUUUCGGUUUUUUGAAGAUGAAGGAUGCACACGAGGACUAGACCAUGACACAUUGCGACAAGGGCCAGAGAAUACACUUGCUGGUACUGCGCCUCCUCGAGCAGAUACAGCCUCCUGCGGGUACUCCGGAAACCACGGGCCAUCGAAAAGUGUUGGUAUCAUUUUUUAGAUUGCAUAAGGCCAUGAACUUUCUGUUACAGUAUCUGAUCGUAAAAAGCUUCUUUGCAUUUCAACAUUUUUAGGCAUUAUAUUUAUAGAAUUCGAUUUUCGGAUUCGGAUGUGGUGUUGUCAGACACAGGCUUCCGUUUCCCAUUCUUUCCAUAGUACGGCGGCGUCUUGUCAGUAGAAGUGCGCUAUAACACAUUUAGGAAGGCACUCGGAGAUUGCCAUUCUACUACAACUACCAACAGAUGGUUUCGAAAAUACCUUUUGGGUCGCGCCUUGCUGCCCAUGCAAUACCCUCGAAGGACACGUGGGAGCAGACUUCGGUUCGCCGGUUGUCGUCAUGUGUGCCCGUAUUGUGCAGGCAUUAGCGCCAUACGCCGCCAGCGAGAUAACACUUUCAAAGGAGGGAACAACGAUAGGAAUAUCAGGCAACCUGUGGGUAGUGACUCAUGUCCUGUUUGUCAGUCAGGUGCUUUCAAUAAGAUAUAAUUAACCUUGAACAACAAUCUUGCAGUUGCAAGCAGGACAUAGUCAGAACUGAUAACCGUUUUUCGUUUCUGGGAAACAAACUCGACAAGACAGAAUGAAGCAUUUUAUCGAAAAUAAAGCGUGAAGAAACCAAUGAAGUCUCUGUCUCAAAUCACUGCUCGUUCAGGUUGACUUGGCGACGUGGACAGGCCUCGGUCCUGGAACUAGCAUCGAGGUAAGCGGUAUCAAUUCAGGACCGACGAGUAUCACCUACGAGGUGAUAUCAGGGCAGCACUGCGGUGGCUUCAUUUUCGGUCAGGAAUACACAGACCUGCAAUAUGCAAAAAAUGCUUGUGUGUCGAAUCCUUCAUGCGGGGCUGUGUACGAACAAGCGUGUCAAGACUUAGAGUAUUAUCUUGUACAGCAGAUGUUGCAAUGAUCAUAAAAUUCGUUGGUGUUGGAAAAUGUGCGAUAGAGUUGUCUUUCGAAUCCCACUUCUACCGAAGACAAACGUUUUCGGUUGUUUCGCUGGACGCAGAGGCGGGUACAGGGCCGAGGCAGAUAAGGGACUGGGGCGGAUACAGGGCCGUGGCGGAUAAGGGGCUGAGGCGGACAAAGGGCUGAGGCGGAUAAGGGACUGAGGCGGGUAAGGGACUGAGGCGGAUAAGGAACUGAGGCAGAUAAGGGACUGAGGCGGACAAGGGACUGAGGCGGACAAGGGACUGAGGCGGAUAAGGGACUGAGGCAGGCAAGGGCGAAACCGAUAAGCGCGAAGGCGGUAAGCGCGAAAACGAUAAGGGCGAAGCCGAUAGAGGCGGAAUCGAUAAGGGUGAAACCGGUGCUAAGGUCGGAUCUGACAAGGACCACGUCGUUAGCUGUUGCAGAUAAGCUGACGCAGAUGAGCGGCUGUGGCUGCAGAGACGCUUGAGCACCCUCGCGCUUUCGCUCUGGCCUUCUCUAUAGGCCCGGCUACCUUUCUAUCUGUAAACCUGUUUGUUCAACCAAUCAAACAGGCUUAAAUAUUUUCCGUCUGCUUCACUUCCACCACCAAUGAAGUUUGGAUCUGCUCCAACAAUAGGUACGAUGUGAUCAUAACGAACACGAACGACCUUGCGGCGUUGACGACAGCUAUGGUGACCGUAACGGUGCCGCCUGCACGGCCCGGUGGAGUGCAAGAGUCGCGGACCAUUAUCGGCCAGAGUGCACUCAUAGGAGACACAACGCUAGUGAAAGACUCCGAGUAUGCUGCUGGGCCGCCCCCCACCUCGGCAGCUGCUAUCUUCCCGUUUCCGGUGAAGCUCAAAGUGAAGCCGAAGUAUGGCGCAAUUAGAACGUGCGUGCGUGGCUACCAGCCAACAAAUUCGCCAGAAGGCUCUUGCCUGCACGUGAAGCGUGGCGCUCUGCUGGAAUUUACAGUACUACUAGAAUUUGAAUACUGCAACUAGAUUUUUUCGCUGGAUUAUGAAUUUGCUUGAUGUCGGUCCCUCCGCAGGUGCGUGCCAUAGAACCACCUCAACUAGAAUCCGUCCAAUAUGUAAGGUCUUCAGCAACUUCGGAGCUUCGGAUUCGUAUAUCAUACCGAAUGGCGCUGUCUAUACCGACACGGCAGCAAAGUGCGCAGAGCUCUGCUUACAGGUGACUAUAUGCAACGCCUUCACAUACACGAUCCGAGAAAACGGCAACCCACCGACUGUCAUAUCAUGUCGAAUGGUAGGCUUUAGACUCCUAGAUCAUGUGAAUUGGAUUUUGGGAUUUUGGCCACGUUCUUGGUUUCUCUUGAUGUAACAAUGUUGAGUUGAUGUUUUUGGACUCAAGUAUCAGCAAUAACUGGCUGUAGUCGACCCGAAAGGACAAUAGAUAUAGUGUAGGUCUUCGUAGAAAUGAUAAUUCGGCUUCUUCAUACAACUUUUCGUUCACAAAAUUACAACAGCUGCAGAUGCCUCCGAACUUGCAGCCUCCGCUAGGAUUGCUUCCUGCCGACGGGGUGCUGGAUGUUGUCGACUUUUACAAGCGAGAGCAGCAUGUAAAUGCCACAAUGAACACUCUGACCGAAACAACUGAUGCCCAGUCGGACGCACCGCGGCGCACAAGUGGCACAGUGUACGCACUGUCGCUUGCGGGCGGGACGCUGACACUGUCAGCUCUUCUGCUGUAAGAACCUUCCCAAAAGCUAUUAACAUUCAGCUUUCUUUCUGUUCUAUUCUUCGAAACCAAGUCUCUGAAGUGUUUAUAUAGCGUCGAAGCCAGGCGGAGUAUCUAUCAAAGAGCUCGAACUUUCCUGUAUUGUAAUUAUACAUAGUAAUUCGAGUUGUUUAUGGCUGUUGUCCCCAUAUCUUGGUAUGAUCCCUAUCUUCUGUAUCCUCAGACGGGAUUUCAAUGUUGCGUUAAGAUGUUUAAUUUCGAAAAAGGAUUUCAGGAAAAAAAAACUCUUACGAAUACUUGCAGAUGAAAUUAUCUAUUGUAGACGAAGACAAGAACAACCAUUAGAAUGUGAUCGUCGGAAGGCUCAUCGUUGUACCGAAUGUACAGUUAAAACAAGUCUACCAAUGCUGGAUGGAGGACCGAUUUCGUGUGCAGAAUUUAUUUACUGCGCGGGUCCUGCUCUAGCAGCGCUGGGCCUGAGUUACAUGAGAACUCCCUCGACAUCCGGGUUUUUUUAUGGUAUGUCGGUGCGUGCCGGUCGUUUAUUUUUUUAUGGCUAUUUCAUUUGUUGCGUUUCUCGUCUGUGGUAUUCCCACUCGAAGUUCGAAAAUUCAUAACGGGCUACGAUUGUUUUUGUUCCUGUCGAUGAUCGUUUCUCGAAUUUUAUAUCACUCAGCGAAAUCCACAAAGUUAUCAUUAUCCAAGAAGCAUUGUCGAGGCCUGCUCCGGUUGAGUCCUGUUCAGUAUAAACCUUUCCAAGAAACAACAUUGAAAUUAACAAGGAGCAAUGCAAUAAUAUUGAUUGCGUCCUAGGGAUAAGCAACUAGAUCUGUUUUCGGACAGUGCAUGCCAGCGGAUUGAAAAAUGUGCGUGUUUGGAGUUUUCCC